UGAGGUGAGAGUGACAUAUGGACAGGGGGCUGACAGACAACAUCUCCAUGCUUUGAGUGUGUCUUCAUUUAAAGGAACAACUUCUCAACGAAGUAAACAUAUAAACGUUUGGACGCCCUUAUCCUGAUUUCAUCUCUUGUGAAUAUUUGGGACUUUUAUUUUUAUUUUUUUCAUACAUCUAACUAUAAUUUUUUUAAGAGCUUCACAUGAUUAUGAGGAGUGCUUUGAGUGGUGUCAGACCGUUCUGACCUCAGAGAUUGACAGACAGACACUGACAGGCUGCAGUGGAGUGUGAGCGACCUGAAGAAGAACGAGGAGGAGGAGAAGGAGGAGGCAGAGGAGGAGGAGGGUGUUAAACACUGAGGAGAUACAACAUGUGCAUUCACAGAUCACUUGAACGGAUUUUGCAUGAUGGACAGACGGACGAGUCACGCCGGAUGUCAUAAUGUAUCUACUCUUUGAUAUCAAUCCAAUCUUUGGGGGUCUGGGACGUUUUGAAUGCUGAAAAGGAUUUUGACUCACAUCCUCCAAAUAAACCCAGACAGACAGACAGACGGAUAGAUGAACAACUCAUUAAGAACAGCCACUGGAGGCUCAUUCACAGCCUAGAAUCUGCUGUUCAGGAUGUACUGUGAGGAAAACUCACUGAAAAUCAGACUCGGCUCCAUGCUGCACCCAGGGACGAUACCACAGAAGUAGCCUUCCAUUAAAGUCUGCAAGGACUGCAACAUUUCUUUCACUGGCACCCUCUGUAACGCUGUAGUGAGGGAAUGAAUACAGGCUCACGUUUACUCACACUCUAGAUACAGCCAGCAGAGGCGGGAAUGAUGGGUAAUACGGUGGAGCUCCAUCCGAGGCACACGUUGUCUGGAUUGAUGGAUAACAGCGACUGAGGGAUUUCAGGUUGCUGAGAGGAAAAUCUACAUUGUGAGAUAGAGAAAAUAUUGCAUGAAAGCAGAGCAAAUGAAGAGGAACUAAAGAGUUGCAAGGAAAAGAAAGAUACACUUGGUUAGGAGAGGUUUAAAGGGCUCUACAGGACGAGCUGCAGGUGUUACACAUUAACAUGUUGGUUAUUCUCUCACACACAUAAAGACACACUCACAGCACACACACGAGGCAGCUGGGAGGAGCAGGAGUUUGGCAGAAGCAGGGAUUCCCCCUGAGUCUUCACCACCAUGAUGGAGAAGCUAAACCCCAGCGGCCCACCUGCCUCACCCCCCGACCUCCCUUGCCCCUCCUCCUCCGCCUCCUCUGCAGCCUCCUCCCCAUCCUGCGCCUCCAUAGAGCAACACAGUCCCCUUCAGAACAAGACUCCAGCAUCCUCGGAUGCUAUCAGUAGCCCGCGUCCUGCUAACAAGGCAGGGCACAAGGGACACACGGAUGUCCCUUCUGCUGGCUUGAUUCUGUCCCCUAAUGCCACGACGGCAGCUUUAACGAGCCGCCACGCAGACACAACUGCUGCACCUGAGCCCAUCGCCAUGGAGACCAAGGAGGAGGAGGAGGAGAAGAGAGGAGGACCAAAGAACACCACAGCCCCUGCUGGUUCUACCAACGGGUCCCCAACUCUUUCCUCUCCACCACCACUCCUCCCAGUGCCAGCCAAGACCUCCCCGUGCCCUCGACCGCCUCCACCAACCUCCACCGUGUCUGUCUCCUCAUCCCUACUGUCCUCUCCUCUUCCUCCACACAUUCCUGUCAUCAGCCUCGGUCACAGCAAACCCCCUCUCCCGCUCCCGCUCCCCAGUACCCCUUUGACUGCCCUCCACCCAAUUCCCAACCUCCUUCACGGGCCCCACGGGGAGCUCCGCCGCAGCCAGCUGACCUGCCUGCCUGUGACCAGCCCUGGAGCUGCUGGGUCUUCUGUAGCUGCUGGGGGACCUUCAGCCCCCUCACCAGGACCCCUGCUGCCUCAGCAGUACCUGUCUGCACACCCCUUCUUCACCAGUUCUUACCUGGGUCCCUCAGGAGGAAACUACGGUGUCAUCACCAACAGCCGGAUCAAGAGAAGACCAUCGUCACAUUUCGAGGUGGAAAUCAAUGACUACCCUGCACACUCAGACAGUGAUUAUGUAUGUCUAACAGGCCCUCCUCAGAAACUCGCUCGCCGCGUCUUCACCAACAGCCGCGAGCGGUGGCGGCAGCAGAAUGUGAACGGGGCUUUCUCCGAGCUGAGGAAACUCAUCCCCACACACCCGCCCGACAAGAAGCUCAGCAAGAAUGAAAUCCUGCGUCUGGCUGUGAAGUACAUCAACUUCUUGGUCACUCUGCUCAACGACCAGGCACAGGACAAGGGCAGAGACUCAGCGGAGGACGAGGACGAGGGCGCCGAUGCAGGGUUGGAUGGAAAUAAACAAAACCCUAUUUUUCAGUGCGGCACUCCUCCUCCGUCCCACGCCGCCCCGCCAACCUCAGCUCGUGCCGCCACAGUCCUCAGAAACAGAGAUUCAAUGGACUCAGUCAUUGCUCUGGCUAACUCCCCCACAACCUCCAGUUGCUACGGCGACACAGACAGUGAGGAAGGCUUUGGCGGUAAGACCUCUUUGGUGACCCAUGGCAUUCUGGGAAAGGUCAAAGGUCAGAUAAGGAUGGUGGCAGCCACAAAUGAUGAGCGGUGACACCAAGAGAAAGAGGUGUUAAUGUCACACUGACGGACAGGACAGAUGGUCAUCGUCAGAUAACGGAGCCGUUGUGAGUUUCUUCACAACUCUCAAGUAAUGAAAUGAGAAGGAGAUGGACUUCUGGAGAAAUGUUUGUAGAUUAAUUAAGUCUCUAUCGCCGUGUUUCCAUUCAAUUGUCAAGCAAAGUUUUUUCAAAUGUUACAAAAUGAAAGCCUGUUUCCAUAAAUUGGACUGAAGCGAAUAAACUAAGCUACAGUGUAGUUUGGUCCAACGGCUGCUGUCCACCAGUUAACAGAAGCUGUGUUUCAAUUAAAUCAAAGUACAUUUUCAAGCUAAAUUUUGCAUUAAAGAAAACGCGAAUUAGGGAUGUUUUCAUGAAUUGGUUUAGCGCAAAUAAACAAAGCUGCAUGAAUGUACUUUCGUCAGAAGAUGGCAGUGUAAUGUUUUGCUGUAGGCUAAUCCGUCAGUAAACAGUAGAAGAAGAAAAGAUGGCGUGAGUGAAAAAAGAAAAAAAGGGUUGCUAAUCGGAUAUCUUUGGCCACCAAUGAGAGAAAAUGGAGAGAAGUCUUCUAGAAUUGGAUUCAAUUGUGCAACUUAUAAUUGUUGUUUCAUGUCAAAGUUUUAUCCAUUUUCGUGUUUCCAUCAAGCUUUUCUCAUGUGAACGCACAUAGAAAUGUGUUGAUCAAAACAUGUCUACUGUAGAACAAAUAAAGGUUGUUAAUCAGAUGCAAAACGGCAAUCUAACACAUGUACGAGAGAAAAAUGGAGAGAGUUCUUUAGGAGAUGGUUCAACUGGGCAAGUUUUAAUCGUUCUUAUUUUAAUUCAGGCUGUAUUGGCCAUGUUUGAUGCCGUCUGGAGACAAAGACAAAUUAAUAUAUUAUCCAGGAAGACGCGGACAGCAGAAACAGCUGAUCAGUCAUGUCAUUUAAAUGUCUGCUACGUCAGACGUGACUUGGCAGAGGCCUUUCCAUAUCUCAUUUAGCAUCAAAUAAUUUUUGUCAAAGGCAAAAACAAACUCAGACAACCUUUCAGGCAAUUGAGGAAGUUUCAUAAAAUUUUGACCUUUUUCAUUUUGCUUAUAGUUCAAAAUGAACAUAAAAAUAGAUGAGUGGAAACACGGCUUGUGUAUUUUCCAGUGAUGUGUAAACAUUGAGUGUGGGUUCUGUGUUUUAGGGUAAUACUGAACUGCAAGAUGAGAGAACAUUCAAACUGACUCAAGCAUGUUUUAUAUCCAAAUAAAGUCCCAAUUUGUCUUUGUUAAACAUUAGACCUCAAUGUCAAACAAUGCGGGUCCAUACUAAGUAGGAAUUAUGCAAAAUAUCCUGAAAUUAAACAAGAUUGUCCUGUUAAUAACAAAAAUGUCAAAAGUUAAUGUGGAUCAAACACACACCUGUAAUGAUGAGGUGACAAAAAGCAUGAGACAUAAGAAAUAAAAAGUAGCUGCACACUAUAGCUCCAAUGCAAUGAUUUAUUAGAUUACUGUCCUAAUAAAUCAUAGUAUCUAAGAUGUAGUGUGUGGCUACUUUUUAAGUCAAGAAGUUUAGGAUAUUAAGUUUUAAUCAGAAGGUUAAAAUAAAAUAAUUUGUUUUGUUCCAGUUUAAAUAAGGCCUCCAAAAUGUCCAAGUACAGCAAAUAAUCUGCUGAAGUAAAACUAGGGGGACUUAAGAGUGAAUGAUGUCUGUAGAGAAAAGCAUAUUAUGCAUUCAUGAAUUGAAGUUUUUCAUGUUAUUGUGAGAGAAGUGGGGCCAAUGGUCCCGCCCUGACAUUGUGACACACUUGUACCAGACAGAAAUAAAGUGUGUUUUAGUUUGCUGUUCCUUAUUUGACAUCCUCUUAUUGGACUGCUCUCUGUCAGCACGGUUUCACAACACAUCCAAAUGUUCUGCCGUGUUUGUAAAAUGUUUAGGGAACAUUUGUUUAUCCCCAAAUCUCAGUGGGAGAUUAUCACAAUAAGCAUCGAAUGUUAGAUUUAUAAAUGCAAUGCAGUUGUGUU